AUGACAAUGAAACCGCAUAAAGACUACAAAUUUAUCAAUAAAUAUUCCACUUAUGGAUUUAUUCUCGUAAAUGUUAUAUUCCUACUAUGUAAUAUUUGUAUAACACCAACGAAUGGUGCAGCAACAUGCAUACCAUCACCGAAUUGCACAGAAUGUACAUGUAUGGGAAUUCCAGGACCUAAGGGUGAUCUUGGAGCUCGAGGACAUAUCGGUAGACCAGGUCCAGUUGGAUCACGAGGACUACCUGGACUUCCCGGUCCAGAAGGUGAACGUGGUAUACCUGGUAUCCCAGGAGAUCCUGGUCCCAAAGGAAUAAUGGGUGAUAAAGGUGUUAUGGGUGUUCCAGGCGUUGAUGGACUUAAGGGUGCGCUUGGUGUCAAAGGACCAAAAGGUUUUCCAGGUGAAGAAGGAUGUUGCGGGGCAAAGGGACCUAAAGGUCUUAAAGGUACACCUGGUAGUUAUGGAUUCGAUGGUCUCGUCGGUGAACGAGGUUUGAAAGGUCCAAAGGGUGAUAAAGGUGAACCAGCUAUUGUUGAUGGUGUUGAUGGUAUGGGAGAAAUGGGACCAAAAGGUGAAAAAGGUGAACGUGGUCUAAAAGGUCUUCGUGGUCGAGAUGGUGAUAAAGGUCAACCUGGUAUAGCUGGACCAAAAGGCUAUCAAGGAAUGAAAGGAGACCGUGGUGAAGCGGGCAUCAAAGGUGAAAAAGGCGAUACACCCACACCAAUUUCCUUACCAUAUGCAGAACCUGGUGAAAAAGGUUUCAAAGGUGAAAAAGGCACAUCUUAUGACGAAUCACCAUUGAUCAAAGGCCAGAGGAUAGGGAUAAAGGGUGUUAAAGGUCUUACUGGUCCAAGAGGUGAACCCGGCGAUGAAGGUUCUCCAGGCCCAAGAGGUAGUCCAGGAAUAAAUGGAGUACGUGGACCUCCAGGUCCUGUUGGAGAUGAAGGUUCAAUGGGAAAGUUCGGCAAACCUGGAGCACCUGGCAUCCCUGGACCACCUGGACGACUUGGACAAGAUGGUCUACCUGGACCGCCUGGUCAACCUGGUUAUCCUGGACCAAAAGGAGACAAAGGAUAUCCUGGUACACAAGGACCUAAGGGUGAAAAGGGUGUAAAAGGUGAAACGAUUGAUGUCGACGCAAUGCCUGGACCUGAUGGAGAUAUUGGUGAACCAGGUGUGAAGGGUGAACGAGGUGAUCCAGGCCCAUAUGGACCAAGAGGUCUUCCUGGUGGACGUGGACCCCGAGGAGAUCCUGGGCCUAAAGGUGAUCCAGGCCCUGGUUACGCUCAGGUUAUCGUUGGUGAAGUUGGAAGGAAAGGAGAGAAGGGUUUGCCUGGACUCGAUGGGAAACGUGGUAAGACAGGAAGACCUGGCAUCCCAGGACCUAAAGGAGAGAAAGGAUAUCCUGGACGUGAAGUGUAUGGCAAAAAAGGUGAUAAAGGUGUACGUGGAUUUCCUGGACCUAUUGGACCACCAGGUGAUCGUGGAGCUGCUGGUAGGCCAGGUCCAAUUGGUGAUCGUGGAGAAAUCGGUCCAAGUAUUGAUGGUCCACCAGGACCUAAAGGAAUCAAAGGUCAACCUGGUUUACCAGGUAUACGUGGUCGUGAUGGUGAUCCUGGUCCUCCUGGAGAAAAAGGCGACUGUACCGUAUGUCCAGAUGGAAGACCUGGUUCAUCAGGACCUAAAGGUUUCCGUGGUCAGCCAGGAGUGCCUGGAGAACCAGGUUUGGAUGGUUCACCAGGACAAAAGGGUCUGCCAGGAGCACAAGGACGAGAUGGUCUAGUUGGUAUCCCUGGUCAAAAGGGUGAAAAAGGUGAACGUGGAAAUGAUGGAGCUCCUGGACCUAAAGGUGAACCAGGUCCUGUUGAAAUAGUAAAUGUCACAGUACCAGAAGCACCACGUGGUGAUGUGGGUCGUCCAGGUCGGGCUGGAGUAGUUGGUGAACAAGGUCCAAAAGGUUUUCCUGGUCCUAAAGGUCUACCUGGUCCAGAAGGUUCAAAGGGUGAUACAGGUUUACCAGGGUUACCAGGCUUCAGUGGAACCGUUGGAAAACCGGGAAGACGUGGUGAACCAGGUCGUGAUGGAAUUGUAUUUGAUGCCCAGAAGGGCGCUCCAGGUAUUCCUGGUCGAGACGGCAUCAAAGGUGAAAAAGGAGAGAAAGGAGACAGGGGUAUGGACAAUAUUGUCGAUCAAAUAUUUGAAUAUAUCAAAGGUGAAAUGGGUCCGAAAGGAUAUCCAGGUGACAAAGGAUUAUCAGGAUUUCCAGGGGAAAAAGGUAGAGAAGGCGAGAAAGGUAUUCCUGGAAUACCUGGAAAACAAGGGAAACCAGGUUUUCCUGGUCCACAAGGAGCUCCAGGUCAACAAGGUGACAAAGGUUUUAUUGGACCAAAAGGGCCUAGAGGCAUUCCAGGACCAGCUGGUGGACCUGGAAUUAAAGGAGCUAAAGGUCUUCUAGGUCCUAAAGGUUUUCCUGGAAGUCCUGGUGAUAUGGGUGAACGUGGGCCUCCUGGUUUGCCUGGCACUUCAGCAGUUGGAGAAAAAGGCGAAGAAGGUACACGAGGUCUCCCUGGUCCAGUUGGUAGAAAAGGAAUACCAGGAAUUAAAGGAGAGAAGGGAGUUAGGGGCGUUGAUGGACUUCCUGGACUAAAUGGACCGAAAGGAGAAAGAGGAGAUCAAGGACCGAAAGGUGACAUUGGAGAACCAGGUGAAAUUUAUCAAGGAGUCAAGGGGCCUAAAGGUAUAAAAGGUGAACGCGGUCGACAAGGCAUUGAUGGACCUAAAGGAGAACCUGGAGAAGACAGAUUCCCUACAGUUGCACUGAAAGGUGCUCCUGGUCAGCCAGGACCACGUGGGCCUGAAGGACCGAAAGGAUUCCCAGGAAGUGUAGGCUUGCCUGGGAAAGUAGGCCCGAUGGGACCUAGUGGAAUUCCUGGACCUCCAGGUGACAAAGGUGAUGCUGGCUUGCCUGGUCAAUUUGGCCCUAAAGGUUUACCAGGAGAACCUGGAGAUGAAGGCCCAGAUGGACCACGAGGAGAAACCGGUGAUGAGGGACCAAGGGGUGUUCCUGGAGCGGCAGGACCAAAAGGAUUACCUGGACUAAUGGGUCCCAAAGGACUUCCAGGAGAACCAGGAGCUGCAGGAGUUGGACUUAAAGGGCAGAAAGGUUUACCAGGAAUUAAAGGUGUAAGGGGUUUACCAGGUGAGCCUGGCGAUGAUGGAAUACCAGGCAGAAAAGGUCUUCCAGGUCUAGCUGGUCGAGCAGAAAAAGGUGAAAAAGGAGAGAAAGGAUUAAAGGGUGCACAACCACCUCCAGGACCUAAAGGAAGACCUGGUCAAAUGGGUUCAAUGGGUGAAACAGGUGAUCCUGGACCUGUAGGUCCUAUUGGUGAGAAAGGAAAUCGUGGAAUUCCUGGACCAGCUGGACGUCCUGGUCGAACUGGUGCAAUCGGUGAACCUGGCGACUCUGGACCAAGAGGUCUACCAGGGCUGCCUGGACCACUGGGUGAUAAAGGUGAAAAAGGUUUACCAGGCACAACACUUCGAGUGGCUGAUGUUGGUGAAAAAGGUGAAAAAGGUCAACCUGGUGUACCUGGUCCACCUGGACCUAAAGGUAGACAAGGUCCAAAAGGUGAUACAGGACCUCUAGGUCAACCAGGCAAAGAUGGUCUACCCGGUCAACCUGGUCCUAUGGGACCAAAGGGUGAAAAAGGAAUACCUGGACCAGAAGGACCACGAGGCGUUGAAGGACAACCAGGUCCAAAAGGUAUUAAAGGAUUUAUUGGUCCCAAAGGAUUCCCUGGAUCAGUAGGUCCUCCUGGAGAGCGUGGUCCUACUGGAGAUCGUGGUGAAGUAUCAAGAUCACUAACUGGACAGAAAGGUGAACGUGGUCCAAUGGGUUUACCUGGGCCAAUGGGUAGAAAAGGUGAUCCAGGAGAAACUGGGCUAAGAGGCGCCCCAGGUGACGUAGGAGAACCAGGCCCUGAUUUGGUUGGAGCACCUGGAGAAAAAGGAAGCCCUGGACCAACCGGCCGACCAGGAGUUCCUGGAAUGAGAGGACCUAAAGGAAUGAAAGGUGUAUCACCAAGGGAACCUGGAGAACCUGGUCCUAGAGGUGCUGAUGGACCACCGGGUAUCAAAGGUGAACGUGGACCAAAAGGAUUUGACGGAUCUAUUGGUAGAAAAGGAUUGCCAGGUUUGAAAGGUGAACAAGGGUCAAAAGGAAUUUCAGGUCAACCAGGAAGACCUGGUAGUGUUGGUGAGAAAGGUGAACGAGGACCACCAGGAAUUCCAGGUGAAAAAGGCAACAAAGGUAUUAAAGGUGAAAUGGGUCGUCCAGGAUUACCAGGCCAGAAAGGUGAAAGUGCAUUUGCUAUUGUUGGAAUGAAGGGAGAAAAAGGAAUACGAGGAGAUGAUGGAUUAAUCGGUCCCAAGGGUUUACCAGGAGUUGAUGGAGCUCCUGGUUCUCCUGGUCCAAGAGGUGAACCCGGUGAUGCUGGUGAACCAUCGCCUAGAGGUCCUAAAGGUUAUCCAGGUCCACCUGGUGAAAAAGGAUUUAUGGGUCCAGAGGGAACGAAAGGUGAAGUUGGUCCAAUUGGUGAGCAAGGAGCACCAGGAGGCAUUGGGGAUACACGCGGUAACACUGGACAUUUAUUUACUGUUCACAGUCAAACAACACGUAUACCAUCAUGUCCAUCAUCAACGCGUAAGCUAUGGGAAGGUUAUUCAUUUUUAAGUAUGACUGGUUCAGAAAGAGCUCAUGUCAAUGAUUUAGCCAGUCCAGGUUCAUGUUUACAACUAUUCAAUCCAAUACCGUUUAUGUUUUGUGAAAAACAAGAAAAUUGUUAUUAUGCUCAACGUAAUGAUCGAAGUUAUUGGUUAAGUACAGAAGAAGAACCAAUGAUGUGGAAUCCAGUACCAGCGAAUGAAACACAAAGACAUAUAAGUCGUUGUGUUGUCUGUGAAGCACCUAGUAAACUUUAUGCUUUCCAUUCGCAAACUUUGGAAAUCCCAAGGUGUCCUGAUGGUUGGUCAACUCUAUGGCCUGGAAGUAGUUUUCUAAUGAAUACCGGUUAUGGUGCACAAGGUGGAGGACAACAAUUAGCAUCACCAGGAAGUUGUAUACCCCAGUUUCGUUCACAUAUGUUUAUUGAAUGUACUGCGAAGGGUUUAUGCGGUUUCUUUGAAGAGCAUAAAAAUUUCUGGUUACGUGUUAUGCCUAGUUCAAUGGAUGAGCAUAUGUUUGGUAUGGUCAUGGGUACUGUAAUCAAAGUACGCAGUAGCCAAGAUUCUGUUAGUAAAUGUGUUGUCUGUAUGCGAACUCAACCAAUGUCAACAUUAUUUUAUUUACAUUAA